AGCGCGCGGUCGUGUGACGUCACGUGUUGUUAUACUUUACCCAAACUUGUGCUGUGCUUGUGCGAUUAAAAUGUGAUGUUGAUUCUUGGUGUUUGGAUUGCAUGUUAAAAUGGUGGAAACGAUAAAGAGAGGGGGAAAACUCCAAGUGCGCAUAGUGUGUGAAACAUUGUAGAUACAGACGCUAGCAAGAUGAGUCUUCUUCAGAUUGUCUUUAUAAGUGUUUCCUGUACCUUACUCCAGUUAAUUGGUACAGUAAACACGCUGAAGUCAGUGCAAAUCCAUGUGCCGAAGGCGGUGCUAACGGGUCAGAAUGCGGAGCUGACCUGCUCGUACGAGCUGGAGGGAGACCAGCUCUACUCCAUCAGAUGGUACAGGAACAUGAUCGAGUUCUACCGAUACGUGCCGAAGGAGUCGCCGGCGACGAAGGUCUUCCCCGUCGCGGAGAUCAAAGUUGACGUGGCAGCAUCAGACCAGAACCGCGUGGUGUUGACGGAGGUGGACCGGCUGCUGACGGGCGAGUACCAGUGCGAGGUGUCAGCCGACGCGCCGCUCUUCCACACUGAGAUCAAGGCCGCCGAGAUGGUUGUUGUUGAGCCGCCGCUGCUGAGUCCGAACGUGACGUCAGACCGUAUGACGUAUGUCGGCGGCGACCACAUACGGGCGAACUGCUCCUCGCCCCCUUCGCUGCCGGCGGCCAACAUCACGUGGUACGUCAACGAACAGAUGGUGCCAAGUUUCACAGCGAACCACGUUCUGAAUUUCAGCAACGGAUAUGCAUCUAGCUUAUCUACUUUAGAGUUGGAGGCUGCCUUGUUGUCUCCUGUGCCGACGCUUAUGAUACGGUGUGAAGCGUCUAUAUUCGACGUAUGGAAGUCUACCAGCCACACGUUAGUGCUGCAGGAGCGAAGCGCCAACCCUGCGUCGGCGCUAGGUCGGAGUUUCACAGGUGGUGCAGAUUUGUGUCUACCCACAAUCCUGGUGCUCACUACCCAACUACUCCUGCAGUUUCUACUACAAACUUACCGGGAAACUUCAAUAAGAUAGCUACACACAGAACGCGUACGUGUAGUCAGGGUUGUAAACUAAGUUGGAAAUGUUUUAUAUUGUUUAAACAUAGUCGUUUAAUUUUAUUAUCGUCUGCCAAAUACGUUGUGCUAUGACUGAGAAGUUAUGUUACAUAAGACAAAUCUGAAAAGUUAAAAGUCUUUAAGGGUUAUUAUUUCACUGGGUCACCGCUACCUACCAAAAAUAUAUAUUAUAGAGCUCGAUUAAGAGUUACUCAACUGAUGUUCGUUUGGUAACGCUCUACAUCUAUACAUUUCAUUGGUAGCGGCGACAGUAAUAUAAUAAUUUUAACCUUCAUAAGUCGUGAGUGAAAAGCGUAAGUAAAACAAUAAUUAAAGUCAAGGACACAAACCGUGAAUUUCGGUUGCUUUCUCGCGAGAAACCUUGACAUAUUUUACAAUGUGUAUUACUUAUUAUAACAGGACCUGUUUUGUUCUAAUUAUUAAUAUUAAUGGAACACAGCUGGAUGUUGUGUUUCAUAUUAUUUCUAAUUGAAUUAACAGUACUAGAAGUUUUAAUUAAAUCUCACACCGAAGAUAUCAAUUGCUCGAUUAUUUGUUUUGAUGGUUCUGACGUAUGUAUUUAACUAUGAAAGGGUAAAGAACAUUCCAGAAAUUUUUGGGCAAAUCUGUUGCUAUGAUAUUAUAAAAGUUAUCAUCAUUAUACCAAACAUCUUUCAGUAAUUUACUAAGUACCUACCUAGUCUGCUGUCUUAAAUUACAUUUUUUUGGCUGCUGCUUUCAGUAUUUUACGGAUGUGUAGCUCGCCGUCACAUUUUACCUUACUCUCUGCAGUAUUCAUGUGCAAUUGAAGUCGUAGUUCUUCGUAUUUGGUGGAACGUUACAUAAAUAUAAUAAGUUAAAUAAAGGCUGUUAUUUAUUUCAUAUACGUAGUAUCAGUUAGGUUAAAUAAAAUGGUGUUGAAUUGUUAAAACAUGAAUUAACUAAGUAUUCAUAAUAGCUAUGUUAAAAUAGACUGAUUUCAUAGAGUUACUUGGUAAUGUAAAUAAAUUGUGUAAAUAUCGUUUAAGAUCGCAUAAAUAAGGUGUGUUGCUUUUGUUUUCAAUUGCUAAUUAUCUUAGUAAUAAAGGUUGUAUUAUUGUAGCUAGUCUAAAUCAUUUUAGAUUAUAAAUAUUCGCAGGUUUGAUUUUGACUUUCGAAACUAAGU